AAAGUUCUUUCUUUGCUUAGGCUUUAGCUGAUGGGAAUGUUCCGGUGGCUAUCAAUUGUGUUAAGCUAUUGUUUAGCUGAAACAAUGAAUUUUAGUGUUUAAGACUUAGUUUUUUAUUAACCUUGAAGGUUGCCUUCUUGCUGAGAGCACGGAAAAGGAGAUGCACUAAUUGUUUUUGCUUUGUUUCUGUGAACCUGAUAAUGUAAUCUCAAUGCUUGCAAAAAAUGUAUAAAUAAAGAACCUGCUGAGCCUUUCGGCAGAAGAUACUAACACCUCACAAAGUGUCGGUGUCUCCUCAUUCCCUUCCCCUCAGUCCCUAAGUUUCAGAUCAUUCGUAUUCGCCGACGCUGUCUCAUCCUUUCAGGAACCCUGACACCACAUUUUGCCGGAGGCUGGUCCCCGGCAAGUGGCACCCGAAGCAGAGACUUGAAAGGAAUUCCGUAUAAUCCACAAGGGCAAGCUAUUGUUGAAAGAGCCCAUCAAACUUUAAAGUCUCAGAUAUAUAAACUACAACAAUCUGAUUUUAAACAUAGUUCAGCUCAUCAUAUUUUAACUCAUGCAAUGUUUGUCAUCAAUUAUUUAAAUUGCGAUUCUCAAGGAUUGUCUCCAGUUAAUAGACAUUGGGACCCUGACCAACUGGCCCCUAAACCUCAAGUUAUGUGGAAAGAUCUCCUUUCCGGAACAUGGAAAGGCCCUGAUGUGUUAUUAGCAAAUGGGAGAGGCUAUGCUUGUAUCUUUCCACAGGAUUCGGACAGCCCGAUUUGGAUUCCUGACAGACUGAUCCGACAUCAUGUCCCAAAAGCCUUCACGGACACGCCCCCGGUCGAGCAACCGUCGCCCUAGAAUGAAUAGGAGCAGUCCUCUGGGACCCUAUACCUCAUCACCAAGAAGUCAUCGCUCCAGAUCCCCUGUUGGAAGAUUGUCUUCUUCCCUGCACCAUCUUCGGGUUCGUGAGACGUCUCAUCAUGACAAUUGGGAUCUGCUCAGAAACCUGGCCUCCAAUGCUCGACAACUACUUGUACAGCAAGACACACACAUCACCCCAGAAACUAUGUUCCUUGCCAUGCUAACAAUCUUAUCAUGCAAAGUAUCACCAGCUUCUCCUGCUCCUCUCACGCCUUCUGUUUCCUAUUGGACUUACAUCCCGGAUCCUCCUUUUUUCCACCCCACUCCUUGGGGAUUUCCCUCACUCCGUGUGUUCACUAAUUUUUCUGAUUUACUAGGUGGUGAUUCAGACUCUUUUGUUUUGUUUAAAAGCACUAAUAACUUUUCUUUUCAGGGACGCAUGGAUUCUCCUCCUAUGUGUUUUACAUCUGAUCCUGCCUAUAUAAAGUCUCAACUACCUGGCUGCCUACCUAUUAACGACAAAUAUUUCUUAACAGAAUCUUCAAAGCCUUCCUCCUUCGGAUCCAACCGUGAUUUAUGGGUACUGCUUUUAUCUCUCCUUGGUCCUCGCAGCACUAAUGAAAACAUAGCUCGAGCUCCAAUAUCCUCCACUCUUCCAGCCUGUUCACUUUAUAACUCAGAUGAUUCCCAAAAUUCUAUUGACACGGAUCGUGGAUUUCCCACUUGGCAUAAUUGCAGGUUUCCCUCUGCAGGAAUUCGCUACCAGCCUUAUCAGACUAAUCUUUCUAUUUAUGAUUUUUCAGUUCUUGGAGCAGUUACAUCUGCCACUAAUGUCCCCAAAGAUUAUAGGUUUCUCCUGCACAAUGCUCUCAUCUACAACCAGUCAAAUCGCCUCAUCCCACCUCUGGAACCCAUCACUCGGUGGUAUUCAACUGGAUGGAUUACUCCCACCUAUCUCACCAACACUUCAAAUGGUUCCCGUGCAUACCCGGACUUGUUUCGCAUCCUUGCUGCCACUUCACCUGUGCUUUUUCGCCAACCUGAACAUUCUGUUCAUGCUUUCACCAUACGGGCUUGUGUGGGCCCCCCUCAUGCCAUCCUCAUUGAGGGCCCUGGACAUUUAACCAUCACUUAUCAUCACCAUGUUUUUCAUAUUAAUUGUACUGACUGCAUUCUCACCAACUGUAUUACCUCUGUUAGCUCAUUGUUUAAAGUGACUUUUGUUAUCUUACAUCAACCUCCUUAUGUCAUGCUCCCUGUAAGCUUACAACAGCCGUGGUAUGAUGACAUUGGACUGUAUGCGCUUCAGCUUGUAGAACAAGGUCUGCGUCGCUCCAAAAGAUUUGUAGCAGCACUUAUAUUGGGUAUUACGGCGCUUAUUGCUAUUAUUAGUUCUGUUGCUGUUUCUACUACUGCUCUCGUGCAACAAGUUCACACUGCCUCCCAUGUUAAUAACUUGUCUCGUAACAUCACACACGCUUUGAUCAUCCAAGACCAUAUUAAUAACAAAUUUGAAGCUCGUUUAAACGUUCUUGAGGAAUCACUUCUACAUAUUGACAAUCAAAUUCAACACAUAAAAACACAUUUGACUACCGAAUGUCAUUCUAAUUACAAAUGGAUUUGUGUCACUCCACAUGUAUAUAACUCUUCUUCAGUUUCUUGGAAUAAUGUCAAAAAUCAUUUACUGGGUGUAUGGAAUAACACAAAUGUUUCCCUGGACCUUAUUGCUCUGCAGAAAGAUAUUAAGGCAAUUAGCUUAGCUCAUGUCCCUUCCUCCACCCCUGCAGAAGUUGCUGCUUCAUUCCUGGCUUCCUUGCAAAAUUAUACUACUAAGGCCGCCUGGUUCCCAUCAUUUAUUACAUUGGGUAUUGUUUUGCUUGUUGCCAUGAUUGUUUUGAUUCUCUUCCCAUUGUUUACUAAAUAGCUUUUCCGUGCUAUCAAUCAGGUACGACUUGAGUUACGAUUUAUGCAAAUGAUGGCCAAAAACAAAAAAGGGGGAAAUGCUGCAGGAGGCCUUGUAGCCCCAGCCAGAUAAACUACUGGCAAGCAGCGAAGCUCAAAGGGCCUCACACCGUGGGGCCGAAGUUAAAGGGCCUCACACCAUGGGGCUGAAGAUUCCUUGUGCCUCACACCGUGGGGCUGAAGAUCUAACAUCCCUUCACUUUUUGUUCUUGGUCAUAAAAGGAGAAAAAUUUCCCAAAAAGUACAUUAGGCGCUACAUUAUAUGCAUCAAUAUACAGUAAAUAAACGGCAUGGAAAAUUAUCUCUUAAAAACUAAUUAUUAAACAAUUUGGCCCACUUGACAAUGGGAGAUGGUUUAUUAAACAUGCCUGACAAGCAUUACAAUACUAUUAUUGUAAGUU